AUGGCUCUCACAUUGCCAACAUCCCACCUGGCCACCAUGUCUUACAGUCAAUUCCACAUCACCGAAGAAUCCUGGGGCCACCACUACCGCGUGGUUACUACCGACGGCGCCGGCAGUACGCACCACUUCUUCCUCGAGAACUCGCCGUUCGACCGGAGUCGGCCAGAUUUCCGCAUGCACGAGGGACCCGAUGCAAACGGGCCUGUCGUCGGGUUGUCCUGCUACAGGCGUUUCUCACAGGAUUGUCGUGUCGUGUUAGUCGAGAACGAGGAAGACGCUGAAAAGAGCGAGUGGGUGACUUUGGCCAAGAAGGGACACAUCUCGCCGGCCUAUUCGUUUCAAGCGCCUCUGCACGGGGAAAUGGGCACUUUCUGGUGGAAGAAGACGCGGUCGAUGGGAACCCAUGCGACGCCCCUUGGGAAUAUGAAGCUGGUAGAUGAGAAGAGCGAUGCCGUUCUUGCGGUGUUCUCGUCGGAUUCGUAUGCGUUGGUGCCGGGCCGGCUCGAUAUGUGUGGCGAGUACGGCGAGACGUUUGAUCGGAUGGCGCUGCUCACGGGGGUCUCGGUGAGGGAGAAGCAACGGCGGGCACAGGGCAGGCCGAUGAGGCAUGGGAUGGACUAUACGUUUACUGCUGGGGUGGCAGGAGGUGGGAUGAGCGGGGGUUGUUGA